AUUUGCUGAUUGUUUUGACAGAAUUUUGCCAAUCUUCUUGGCUGUGAUCACAGUUAAGAGUCAAUCGGCUCUAUAAUGGAAUAUCUAGCGCCAGAACACCAAGAUAUUGCCAAAGAAGGACUUGAUGAAUUACGCCUAAACUUACCGUCAGCUGAAGAAGAUGUCCUCGAGAAAGUAAAAGCGGAAGCAACGCCAUUUCCUUGUCUGUUUAAAAUAGCACAGGAUUUCACGAGUAAAAAUCUGCCGACCGCAUCAAUUAUAUGGGAAUACUUGCUAGAGAAAGCCACGAGCAAGCAACAAAAAUUUGAUGUUAUGAACAAACUCUUUCAUGUUCAGAUCGCAACAGGUCCUUGGAGAGUCGCUGUAGAGACAGCAAAGAAAUUAUAUCAAGACACCGCUCUAGAGUUCUCAUAUGAUGGUUUGAAGGGACUCACAGGAAAUAAAAACCGUCUCGAACCCCUUAUAGCAGCACCACUCUUAUUUGAAGCUGCUCUGAAUCUCGGAACAAUACAUCGCCUUCUUAAAGAACUAAACGAAGCUGAGGAAUUUUAUCGGAAGGCGUGGAACAUUGCUACAUCUGUGAAAGAUAUUGACAGAGAAUCCUUAGCUAAAAUACAUCUAGCAAUUUGUUUGCUCGAUCGCGGAGAACUAAGACAGGCCAUAGACACCUAUUUCAAGCCACUGAUGGUUUCCAAAGCAACAUUGAAACCUCGCACAAGAGCUCUUUACCUUCAAUAUUAUGGUAAUGCCUGUAGAUCUGCGGCAGACUGGGGCAGAGCUAAAGAGUACCUCCGAGAAGCCCUGGACCUUGCCAAGAAAAUUAAAGACGUUGGUCUUGUGUCUAGUUGCUGUGGGGACCUGGGUAACGUUUUCAGAUCGGAAGGAAGGUUUAAAGAUGCAGAGCAGCUCUUCUCACUUCACCACAAGUUCGCAUUGAGCAGAGGAGACAUCCAUGGCCUGGCUAUUGCUUGUGGCAAUAUCGGAUUCUUGAAGUUUUACAACCCCGAAGAGUUUGAUGAUUCCGUGGUGUACCAGUUCGUUGAAUACUCCCUUGCUGAGCAAGUGGGCGAUUUUGCACGAAUGGGAAUUGCAUUUAACAAAAUUGGCAAACUAUAUACUGCACUGGGUUUCAAUGAAGAAGCCGAAGAGAUGUUCAAAAUCGCCAUCGAUGGUGCACGCAGGGCGGACAAUAUUGCUGGCGAAGGGAUGGCGUGGGGAAAUUUAGGCACGGUCUACAGAGCUUUAGAAAGGUUUAAAGAUGCGAUUGAUUGCCAUGUAAAGUAUCGAGAUAAUGCUGAAAGGCGAAUGGAUGUCGGUGGGGUAGCCAUUAUGCAGCAUCAGUUAGCCAUGGACUACAUCCUUUCUGGAAAGCUACCGGAAGCAGAGAGGUCGGUUCUCGAUGCGUUUCAAACACUGGAGGUUGGAAACCCCAUCAUGCCUUUCGAAGAACUUCCACAGCUCCCCUCUGCAGAGCGUGAAGUGCACAUGAUUACAGAGACUAUCAACUCGCCAAUGUCUGAAAUUCUUAUAGGAUCUCAGGCUAAAAAGGCGGUAGUGAUGGAGGCCAUGCCAAAAUACAAGAUCCUACAUUUUGCAACGCACGCUAUUAUCGACAACGAAGACUCUCAUGGGGAUUUUAGCAUGAGAGGACUUGUUGUUCUCGCAAAGUCUGGGCUCGAAUGUAAUGGUAUUCUCACGGCUGAAGAAGUGAGGGGCUUGGAACUGAAUGCUGAACUUGUUGUGCUGAGCUGUUGUGAAACCGGACUGGGUAAAGUGACAGGCGAUGGAAUACUGGGCUUGUCACGGGCGUUUCUGGCAGCCGGUGCAGCUUGCGUGAUUGUCACGCUAUGGAAGAUUGAUGACAAUUCUGCUUCUGAAUUGAUGACGUCAUUCUAUCGUGAAUACAAAUCUUCCCGUGAUGCUGCGGUAUCGUUACAGAAGGCCAUGAAAACUGUUCAAACUAAAGAGGACACUCGAAGUCCACAACAUUGGGCUGCGUUUUCCAUUGUCGGUGUUCCCGCUGUCAAAUGACUCUUUUCCAACGAGCCAAAUGCUUUGUUCAGUUAAUAUUUCAAAAUAGUGCAAACUUUAAAUGAGCAUCGAUAGUCAUUCAGGAUACGUCAUCCUCCAAAUUUUUUUUAUUCACUUUUAGCACAGGGUGUGUUAAUGAGCCUAAGAUUUGUUACCAAAAGUUUUGGGAACAGCUAUGAGCGAUAGAAACCACAGCUACAGCUUUCUCAUUUUGCAACAAAAUUUUACAUACUACCAGAUAAUAACAACAAUAUUCAGUUAAUUCUAAAAUUAUACAAUGUCAGUGGACUCUCCAACCGGUUGUUGGUUUGUUUUUCAACUGAAGUUUUUCUGCUCACAGUCUAAUACUGACUCUAAAUCUAAACAAAGUUUGAAGUAAUACCACUAAAAUCAACUACUAUGUUAUUGAAUUUCGUAUGUUAACAUUUUUAAGCCACAAAAAUUGUGGAGGCUGCUAUUUACAUUUGUUUAAGUAGGAAAUGCAAAACGAAGCACAGUUGGCAAAAGGUACCAACAAAUGUAAUGUAACAUACACCAGAUGAAAGUUUGGUUGACUCGUCUAUCUCUAAGCUGUUUGAAACAAACAAGUUUUCUUUGUAUUAUUGAACAGCAAGGAAUGUGGUAAACAAUAAACACAAAACCCUUUUUAUACUUAUUUCAACUUAUUGACCGGCCAGCCAAAUAAAGGAAUGCAAAAUUGACAGUGAAAUUUUAACUUCUUUUAUUUCACCUCCGUUUUAUAUUUUUGAGGUAGUUUUGUCAUAAAGAAUUGAUUAAAUUAAACACGAGUAACACAAGGCUGAGGCCUCUUAAUUAUCAAUUUAUAUUAGUUUCCACGAGCACUCAACUCGAUCAACCAACUUCUGAUCUCAUAUCAGCUCAUGUUUGAUCUAAUUUUAGGGAGAGUUUCGACACUGUAGUGCUCCCAUAUAUUAUCACGGUACUGUCAUAUACAUAAAAAUACACCCUUCUGUUCAAUUUACAUACAUCUAUAUUUAAAUAAAUGCAACA